AUGGUUGCUGAUGGUCGGACAGAGAAAGAGAGAAAAAGAGAAGAGAGAGUGGAAUGCGGGGCCAAGCUGCGGACUGCAUGUGAUGUCAGUCGCCAGUCGGUGCAUUCCAAGCGGCGAAAGACCGCUUUCACGCACGAGCAGCUUCUGCUCAAAUUGGAUGGCCAAAUCAGUUGCGUCGGACAACAGGGUCCGAUGUGCCGGGCGAGGAGGGUCAAAUUCCCUCGAAAAGGUGAACCUCCUUUUCGGACGUUCGCUAAAGCAUAG